CCACUUCCUGUUUGCCACUGCUCCUUUCUGUUGGCCUCUUCGGCGAAACCGGUUCUUUAACGUCUGCGUUUAGCUAGCUGACACCUGCGACAGUUUUCCCUUUAAACGCGGAAACUGCUUCACCCGCAACGUUAAAGAUGGCGGCGGCCUGAGAGCAGUUAUUUUCCUGGGUUUGUCGAAGUUUACGGGGACGGAGCCGGGUAUGCUGCCUGCGUCGGGAAAACUGCCCGAUUCGGGCUGAGUUUUUUUGGACCGACGGGCUAAGAGGAAACCGCGUCUGUUUAAAUUCCAAUUCUGUCUGAGUCGUUUCAUUAAUUCUUCUCAUUUUUAUCGCAUAAACGGCGUCCGAUUUAACACACCCAGAUGUAGUAGACAACCAGGACUAGAUGACAUUAAGGAUAAAAUGCUCCAUGCUAAAAACGACAGGUCAGCAUCUUAACAGCUCGCUACCAAGAGGUCCAUCCCAGAUUACCAAAUGAAAAUGGAGGAAAAGCCCCUCUCAGGCCCAGACAACACCAGGCUGGAGGCCCUGAUGCAAGACAUCUACUCCGAGCUGGUGGAAGACGCCUGUUUGGGCCUGUGUUUUGAGGUGCACCGUGCCGUUAAACAGGGCUACUUCUUCUUGGAUGAAACGGACCAAGACAGCAUAAAGGAGUUUGAGAUAGUGGAUCAGCCCGGAGUGGACAUAUUUGGUCAGGUGUUUAAUCAGUGGAAGAAUAAAGAGUGCGAGUGUCCCAACUGCAAGAGGUUAAUAGCGGCGUCUCGCUUUGCUCCACACCUGGAAAAGUGUCUCGGCAUGGGACGCAACAGCAGCCGCAUCGCCAACCGCAGGCUAGCCAGCAAUAACAACAUCAGCAAAUCGGAGAGUGAUCAGGAAGACAACGAUGACCUUAACGACAACGACUGGUCAUACGGAGCAGAGAAGAAAUCCAAGAAGAGAAAGUCAGAUAAGAAUCAGAACUCCCCAAGAAGAUCCAAAUCUCUUAAACACAAGAACGGUGAGCUUGGGACCAGCAUCAGCUCAGAUCCCUACAAGCAGUACAACUACAAUGCUGGCAUCAGUUAUGAAAGCUUGGCACCGAAUGAAGUCAGAUCCUUAUUGACAACACAAUGUGGGGUGAUCUCUGAGCACACCAAGAAGAUGUGCACAAGGUCUCACCGAUGUCCACAGCACACAGACGAUCAGAGGAGGGCCAUCAGGUUGUUCCUCCUGGGGCCGUCCGUGCCGACGCUUCCCGAGGUCGACGGCGACGGCUUCGACGUCCCCGACAGCCAGGCGGUGCUGAGCCGCCUGCAGUGGGAGGACUCCCCGGACAUCUCCCCCGCUGACUCCGCCUCGUCAAAAGCCAGCGGCAACCAUUCAGAUUCCAGGAGGCCCAAGAAGAAGAAGAAGCCGGCGGUGGCGGCGGUGGCUCUGAGCAUGAGCGGCGGAGGGGGAGGCGUGAAUCUGAUGGGGGUCAGCGGCGCCGUCUCUCAGAGUACCAUCAGCUUAUCGACCAAAAAGAAGAAGCCCAAAGCAGCGGCGGCAGCAGCGCCUUCCGUCUCAAGUAUCUUUAACGAAUUAAACUAGCCUGGACCUGCUUUAGGAUAUAAUUUAUCUGUGAAAGUGGGAUUCCUCUUUCUUCAUCAUAAACUCUCACUCAUCUAUUUUUAAUGGCCAGCUUGAGGGGGGGGGCUUUGUGUUCCUUCAAUGUAGCUCUUUAUUUCUAACUACUGGGGGACAAGAACGGCGCUCAGACAGAUUUUGCUGUUAAGUUUUACAUGUUUCUAAGGCGAAGAAAACAAAAGAUUUGGUUCAAAUCAUGACGAUUCACUGCAUCGAUGGAAAUGUGUUUAGAAAGCAGAAUCUAUGUAGCGAUAGAAGCAGUGAAACCCUUCUUCACGUCCAUUCUGUGGAUCUAAACAUCUGCACACCUGUUUAGGUGCCAUACUGUCGCUAUGUAGAGGAGAUUAUGACAAUCGCUUCAAAGCUCCUUCAGCUUUAAUGUGAGACACAUCCUGCACAGUUCAACUGAAAAAAAACAAAAACGUCUUUUCUGCGGCAACAGCUCUCUGUCCUGGUCCUGAGGGGCGUAGUUUCCUCCAUGUUUUCAACGUUUCUGCUCCAGCAAACCUUUUUUAAGUCACUGCGUUAAACACAGAGUGCUCAAGAAGCUCGUUAAUCCCCAGCUCACUUAAAAUCUGAUGAGGGGGGAGCAGCGUAAACGCCGAGAACGUGCAGGACAGGUGGGCCCUGAGGACCGGGGUUGAGACCUGCGGUAUUAUAGGGGGAGGAUAUAAAAUAUAAAAACCCAGAAAGCUGUAACUGACUGACGGCACAGGUUUGCACGCAGCCAAACUUUAACUUGGUUUGGUUUACUCUCAGCAUGUCCAUUUCUUCCCAGUCUGCAUCUUUCUUCCUGCAGCCUCUCCGCUCCAAAACGCUGCUUUUCUUGCCGGGGGAAGCCUUUCUUCUGUUGAUGCACGUUUUGUUUUUUUUUUUGCUCACUGUAACGCUUUCUAUCAGACACCCGAACGUUUAAACAAAAAAAAAAAAAAACGUAUCACUGAGGAAGAGCUGGCCCAGAUCAUGACGCUGCCACCGCCGUACUUUACGUUGGGUUUUCUCUUUGUGUUCGGGGAUUCUUUGUGUUGUUUCGUUCCCAAACAAGUUGAAGUUUGGUGCUUUCAGCUGAAUCUGGGAUAAAUGUCACAUUUUUUUUCCUUUUGUUCAAGGCUUUGUGCACUUUUUAAAUCCUUUUAUUUUAGGCUUUAUGUGUAAUAAUGUGUUAAAGCUUCACUUCUGAAUAUACUAUAUGGAAGAUAAAUCAUUCAGAAUCAGUGUGAAGAAGGAAAAGACGAGCUGUAUUUAGCUUUUUUUUUUGGUGAAUCCAGGUGUGAGGGCGUUUCUUUCUUCGUUUUGCUGCCUGACGUCUCCAGUUCUCCCUCAUCUGUUGCUUCGCUCCGACUUCUGUGGCUAUGAGCGAACCGGACCCACCAGCGGCUUGACGCUGGCGUUGUGUUGCACAGUUAGUUGUGUUUGUGCGCCUGCGGGCUGAUCUGCGUUCGGUGUGAACGUGUGUCUCAUUUUGUCACAAAAAUCCUAGAACGUGACACUUUGUGAAAGGACAUUUUAGAUAUUUACUUCUGUUUACAUUGAUGUUUGGUUUUGUGAACGCCUUUAUUGCAACGUUUCGAUGUUUGUGUGAAUGUGGAGAUUUUUUUCUUUUUCUUUAAAAAAAACAUCGAGUUGCUGAAACGGAGCCAGGAAUAUUGUGUAUUUUUAUGCUUAUAUUUUUGCAGGCACUUUCUGUUUAUGAACGACAGAUAUACGUCGCUGCUGCGGUGAGAGUGUUGGGUCUGUAUCUUGUAUCCUGUCCUUGAGGAGUAAUCAUGAAAAGAAAUCCUUUAAAUCACCUAAAAAGACUGAGACACGUUGCCCUGCGGAUGAAGUCUUGAUGCAGUUGGACCAAAAAAAUGUUUUUUUUUUUUUUUUUUCGUGAAGCUGGUUUGCUAGCUGUCUUCAAAAUCAUUAAUGAGCUGCUCAUCGAUCACGUUUUCAGUUGAAGUUCUGAUCAGACGCUUACCUUCGAUCAUUUAGGUUUUUAAUGAGCCAUUAGAAACAUUGUUUUUUUCUAGGGUGGACCGAUUUAUAUGACAUCCAACUUGAAUGAUUUUCAGAAGCAAGUUACUGUUGCAAAAGUGCUUUUUGUUGCCACUGAGGUCACUCUGGCCCGGACAUUUACCCAUUCUGUACAUCUGAUUGGUUCAUUUAAAUUGGUUGGUUUCCUAGCUACAGACUCGGCUUUUAAGCAUAAAUCACCUUUUUUUUCCCCCAGCAGCGCUGAUGUCAGGACUUUGGGCAGAGCAUUGUUAGCCCGUUAUAUCUGGACCAAAACUUGUUGUGACAUAUGUUAGGGAACAUACACCAAUUUAGUGCAACGUUGAACCGCCUUGCUGUUUAUUUAAGGUGAAUUUAAGAACUUUAAGGUAAUCCUCUCUCAUUAUUCUCAAUGUGCCAGUGGCAGUAAAGCCAAUCCUCAGCACGAGGCUACCUCCACCACGCCUAGAGCCAGAGCAGUGAUCUGGAGUUAGAAACCCUCUGAUUGGGCUUCCUGUCACUGAAAACCUUUCCUCAGGAAGGCAUCUGGCGUGUCCAGCUGCGACUCUCCGUAGACCCUGCAUGUAAUGUGAUUUUUGAGGGAAACCGGCUUCCCUGUGGACAGACAUCUGCAUCUCUGUUCAUGGCAGGCUUGAACUAAAGUGUUUUUUCUUCUUUAGAGCCAGUUUCCUUUCAUUUGAGUUAUUGUCUGGGUCAGAUGCUUGGUACCUGGACAGCACUAAAGGAUUAUGGUAUACUUAAAAAAACAAAAAUAAGAGUCCUGACAUCAUUCUUGUUAAAAAAAAAAAAGUGUAAACUUUGCUUAAAAGCCAGCGUCAUGCUAGAAAACAGGCCAGUUUUAAUGAACUGUAUGAGGUAGUCAAAUUAAAGCUGGAAAUGUACCAGAAGCUUGUUGAGUUGUCGAGUAGCACAUUGCUAAGGGACAUUUAGCCUAAUAUCGCUGGUGGCAUAAGCAUGUUUGUCCGUUUCUGUUACGAGGAAAUUGACAAUUUAAACUUUUGUGCCAAGUUCUUGUUUUUAAAAGUCAUUCAAAGUUUUGUGGACGUCUCCAACGCGUCAUUAAAAGGUCGCCGCGUAAACGUCGGACCAGAACCGGACGUCGUUUCCGACGUGGAGGCGACAAUCGGCUGACGCCUGGUUACACUUCCGGCACAAAGCUGGAGCUGACUGAUUGUAAAAGAGACGAUUCGAUUCACUUCUUCUGGCACCUUCUGCGAACGAAGCCAACAGCCGAUUCUGUGCAUUAAAGAAGACGGAAAAUGCAAUAUUGACUGACAUUUAACGAGCACAACGGAGCGCAUGAGUGAGCGCCAUGUAUCGCAGCGUGAUGUUUGUCUUUGAUGCCAUGAUGUGUUUGUUAAUAAACGUUUAUUGCACCGACA